AUGCCUUAUUGUCUAGGCCUUCAGGCUGCUGCCCGUGCAUUCCUGUCCAUAGGACUCUCCACGCAGUUCACGCUCGCCAUCGUCCUCUCUCUUAUCAUUAUUAUCCUCUCCUCGUCCUUCCAAAAGGAUCCCACAGACGCACCUGCCCCGCUUCCUGGGUCUUCUCUUCUCCACAUUCUCCCGUUCUUCCGACGUCGGUUCGACUUCUUGAACUGGGGCUUUCAUGCAAGCGGACACAACAUCUUUCGUUUCAACCUUCUACGGAAUACCGUCAUUGUCGUGUCCGGAGAAAGCGCGAGACAAUCUUUCUUCACCGCCAAAGGCCUUGACCUCACUGAAGGCUUUAAAAUAUUAUCCGGUGCCAUCCCGAUGGUCCGUGGAGUCACCUCCGAUCUCCAGACCCGCAGGAUCCAGCUUAUCCACAAGCGGCUAGCAAACGCUCAACGGAAUGCACCCUUGUCUAACUUAAUCCCAAUUCUCCUGGAGGAUUCUCGGAGGCAGAUGGAGAGCUGGGGCACGUCGGGAAAAUUCGACCCGUUUGAAAAAGUCUACGAGUUGCUCUUCCAGUUGACUGUCCGAAGUGUGUCAUGCAAGGAGAUCGCGGACAACCCAGCGCUGGUCGCGCAGCUUAAACGGCUCUAUGACGAUCUCGACACUGGGACGACUCCCGCGACCGUUCUUCUGCCAUGGUUGCCGACACCGGCCAUGAUCAAAAAGCUGUGGUCGACAAAGACUAUUUACGAUAUCGUAUGCAAGGCUAUUAGCGAGAGAGAAUCCUCGGGUGCUCAGCACAACGAUACUCUUCAAAUGCUUCUUGACGCCGGUGAUGAGAAACUUGUGGUCGUAGGCUUCAUCAUGGGUCUGUUGAUCGCAGGUGCCAGAGCUACAGGAACCACAGCGUCUUGGCUCUUGACAUUCCUUGGAGGGCACCCAGAAUGGCGCUCUAAAGCAGCAGCAGAAGUCGAGACUCUCCUAGCCUCCGUUGGCUCCCCCUCUCCCUCCACCCAACCCCUCUCUACGCGCCUCGCCUCGAUACCUCUAGACGUAUGGGAAACCGAAACACCAGUCCUCGAUGCGAUUAUCAAAGAGACAUUGCGUGUUGCGCAACCGCACACUGCCAUGCGACGUAACCUCGGUCCUGAUUGUUAUAUCGACAACAAGAGGGUCCCAACGGGCUCCUAUGUGAUUUACCCAUUCAGCGAUGUCCACCUCGACCCCGAAAUCUAUCCCGACCCAUGGAAGUUUGAUCCGGGAAGGAAAGACGCGGACCACGUCCCCUUUGGUUAUGUUGGCUGGGGAGGAGGAAAGACCAUUUGCCUCGGUACACGGCUUGCCAAAGUCGAACUCAAGCUGAUCACUUCGAUGUUCGUUUUGGGCUUUGAACACCAUAUCAUCGAUCCUUCAGGACAACCCGCCAAGACUCUCCCCCAACCCAAUUGGAACGACAUCCUUUUAUGCCCUAUACCAGGACCUCGACGCCUCUAUGAAACGGCCAACAAGACUAGGCGUGUCGUUGGAAAUGCCUACGCCUCUGGUUUCAUGUACAUUUGA